UCAACUUGAAUAUCUCCCACAAACAGCAAACAAACUGGCAAUGGAAGAAGUACUUACGCUCGGUCUUGGUGGUGUCGGCGCUGUGUAUUCGCUUGCUUUGGAUCUCAGCAAACAAGCUCGAAUCACCACUGUCUGCCGAUCAAACUACCAGGUGGUGAAAGAUAAUGGAUUGACAAUCCACAGCGACAGCUUCGGCAAGUUCGAGCCAUGGAGACCUCACAAAGUUGUCUCCUCGACCUCAUCUCCCGAAGCAACUGAAACGGAGUACUCCUACAUCCUCGUCACCACUAAAGCGCUACCAGAAGCCACGCCAUCUACAGCGGACAUCCUCAGACCAGUGGUAUCGAAGAACACGACCAUCGUUCUUCUUCAAAACGGUGUCGGUAUCGAAGAUCCUAUCAGCGCGGCGUUCCCGGAGAACCCUAUUAUCAGUUGUUCGGUUUAUCUCUCUAGCUCUCAGUUCUCCUCGGGGGUGAUUACACAGACUGCUCUGGAGCGCGUGGUUAUUGGUGGAUUCGAUAAUGGUGUCGUCAAUUCAAUGCUAUUGAAGAACCGGGUAGCGCGGUUCGCUGAGUUGCUUAGGGUGAGUGGAGCAAAUGUCGCGGUCAACGAUGACAUCCAAAUGGAGAGAUGGAAGAAGUUGCUGUGGAAUGCGAGUUACAACACGUACUGUACGGUGACUAUGAUGGAUACACUUACGUUCUGCGAGACCGUACCAAACGCGACAGAGUUGAUCCGUACCUGUAUGAACGAGGUGCUGGCCGUCUCGAAUGCCCUGGGUCACUCCAUCCCACCCGAAACGGUGGAGAACUUGAUCAAGUUCACCAUGGGUAACGGAAAGUACAAGCCUUCCAUGUUGCUCGACCGCGAGAGAGGAUCACAAAUGGAAGUAGAGGUUUUGCUCGGUAACCCGACGAGAAUUGCGAAGGAGCAUGGUGUGCCGACGCCUAUCCUGAAUAGUCUGUACGGUAUCUUGAGUGCGGAGAACUGGAAAUUGAGACAGGGUUAGACUAUCUGUUCGAACGGUCGAUGAUAUACCCUUGAUGUGGUAGUGAUAUAAUGAGGUAUCAUGCUAUAAAUGCCGUAUUCCCAACCAAUGCCUGAAAAUGGAACGAAAGAACGCCAAUAACCCAUAUGUAACCCAGACAACGACCCAUUACUAUAUCUUCUGCUUCACUGU